CGUCUCUCGCCUUUCUCCCUCGCUCGGCUCCGGCUUUUGGGAAUUCGGGAGAAGGAGGGUUUUGGCGAUCGCAUUCCCCACCAGGUAUAUUUGGCUGGUUCACAAUUCCUGAUUUGGCAUUGUGGCAUUGGUCCAUCUUUAAAACACCAGUUGUGUGCUUGGCGUACGAUGAAUUAAUCAAAUCUUUUGGCCUUCAAAUGAAGAAUGCUCAUCAGAACAUAGUUUUUGAAGUGAAAUUUGCAGUACAAUGAGUAGACCGAAUACUCGCAACAAGAAUAAGAGGCAAAGAUCCGAAGACAGCAGUGAUGCGUCCUCUGUGACUCUGAGGAAAAUACACUUAACUGGUGCAACUACCAAAGAUGAUAUAAGGCGGCUUUAUUCUGUAUUAAAGCCUAUUUGUCAAGGUUGCCGUGGAAAUUCAAAAGAUUCCCCUAAUUGCUUUUGUGGGCUGAUUCCACCACCUAAUGGAACAAGGAAAACUGGAUUAUGGCAGAGGAUGCCAGAAAUCAUCCUUUCUCUUGGUCCAAAUCCUUGCAAGGAUCUUCGUUCUUCAACAGAUACUCCAGCUGGCCUGACUAAUUUGGGCGCCACCUGCUAUGCUAACAGCAUACUUCAAUGCCUUUAUAUGAAUACAUCAUUUCGCACUUGCAUAUUCUCUGUUGAACCUGACUUUUUGAAGCAACAUCCUGUCUUGGAUCAGCUUGCAAGGUUAUUUGCACAGCUGCACUCCAGCAAAAUGUCAUUUAUUGACUCAGCGCCAUUCAUUAAAACCUUGGAGCUGGACAAUGGUGUUCAGCAGGAUAGUCAUGAAUUUCUUACCUUAUUUCUUUCUUUAUUGGAACGGUCUUUAAGUCAUUCACAGGUUGCCAAUGCUAAAACUGCGGUGCAAGAUUUAUUCCGGGGGCGUGUAUCACAUGUGACCCGGUGCUCAGUGUGUGGUAAAGAUUCUGAAGCAUCUUCAAAAAUGGAAGACUUUUAUGAGCUUGAGUUGAACAUAAAGGGGUUGAACAAUUUAGAUGAAAGUUUAGAUGAUUACCUAACUCUGGAAGAAUUGAAUGGAGAAAAUCAGUAUUUCUGUGAUUCAUGUGGCAAAAGAGUUGAUGCUACACGUUGCAUUAAACUUCGUUCACUUCCUCAGGUGCUCAAUUUCCAGUUAAAACGUUAUGUUUUCCUCCCAAAGACAACAACUAAGAAAAAAAUAACUUCAGCCUUUAGUUUUCCAAGAUGGUUGAACAUGGGAACAAGGUUAUCAAAUCCCUCCCAGUCAGGUUUGAUUUAUGAGCUUUCAGCAAUUCUGAUUCACAAGGGUACUGCUGUUAAUAGUGGCCACUAUGUGGCCCAUAUUAAGGAUGAAAACAGUGGGCACUGGUGGGAAUUCGAUGAUGAGCAUGUGUCUAAGUUGGGCUGUCACCCUUUUGGAGAAGUCUCAAACUCUAAGUCCCAUACAAAGGCCCAGCUGGCUUAUUCUGGGCCACUGGAAUCUGCUUCCAUCGGUAAUCUUGUAGAUGAUAAUCUACACACCUCAGAAUUCCAUGCCUUAAUGCAGGAAGAGUUCUUUUCGUCAACUGAUGCAUAUAUGUUGAUGUAUAACCUUAGAACUGAGAAAGAAAACAAAGACAACUUGAACAAGAUCAAUAAGAGGGAUCUUGAGGCAAGAAGCAAUUCUCUUCCAUCCUAUCUUUAUGAAGAGAUUCAAACUUUAAAUGCCUCUUAUGCAAGUGCUUGUGAGGAAUACCAAAAGAGAAAAGACAGUCAGGUUGCAUAUAUAACUGAACGACGUGAGGAAGUGAAGUUGGUUCUCUCGAAAGCCCCUGCUGACCUACUUGAUGAUUCAUACUUUUGGAUUUCAGUGGAGUGGCUUCGUCUAUGGGCUGAUAGUAUUAAUCCUCCUUGCAUCGACAACAGCGAACUUCAGUGUGUACACGGAAAAAUUCCUAUUGCAAAAGUGACUUCCAUGAAGCGGCUGUCAAAUACAGCUUGGCAGAUGCUGUUUUCUCAAUAUGGAGGCGGCCCAACAUUGACCAGCAAUGAUGUUUGCGCUGAUUGUUUAAGAGAUGAGGCAAAAAAUGCAGUAUGUGCAGAUGACUAUCGUGAUCGGAAAGCUUCCUUAAAGCAACUUGCAGAAGCAGCCCUUGCUGGAAAUUGCCCAGAUGGCCCUUCAUAUUAUGUAUCUAGGGCAUGGUUGGUACAGUGGCUGCGUAGAAAAAAUGCUGAUUUUCCUUGUCCCACUGAUGCUGGACCGACGGCUCCCCUUCGAUGCUCUCACGGAAACCUUCUUCCAGAACAAGCUGCUGGGGCAAAGCGCGUGCUGGUUCCUGAGAGCCUCUGGAUAUUUUUCUUUGAGACUGCCAUUUCAUCCAGAUCUGAUAACUUAUUGGGUUUUUCAACAUUCUCUUCUGAUUCUGAGCCAUGUGAAAUUUGCAGUAGGGAAUUGAAGGAAGUUGCAUGCAUGGAGGAUUGCCUUAGAGCAUCCAAGCUUAAGCAACGACAAAAUCAUGAGAAGUUGGUUACGGCGAAAACUUUUGCACUUCACCCUGGAUGCAAGUACUUCUUAGUCCCUUCAUCAUGGCUAGCAAAAUGGAGGGCUUAUCUGACAGCAACUGGAAAAAAUGUCUCUACUUGUGCAGAACCUGAAAAUCUAGAAGUGAUCAUUGAUUCACUUGUAUGUCAGAAGCAUUCCCGGUUGCUCGAAAGGCCUCUUGAACUAGUUUGCAAGCGUGGUGUCAUCACCCAGAAAAUGUCUGCUACAGAUGGGUUAGUACUUAUUACAGUGAUGGAUUGGUCACUAUUUUGCGAAGAGUGGAAUGCUAAAGAGGACAAAGGCAUAUCUGCUGAAAUUGUAGUUCUCAGCAGCCCUGCAAUUAAAUUAAGUGGUUCCUGUGAUGACAUGCCAAUAUCGGAUGAGGAUUUGGACCACUCAACAGAUGAAGCAAAUGAUGGCUUGGAGGCUAGAAAGUUGCUUAUUAAAACUUAUCCAGAGACAUGUGAAUAUUGUAUUGGAGAAAGAGAGAGCUGUGAAUUGAUGCGCAAGCUCAAUUAUUGUGAUGAAGCUAUUUGUGUGUAUCUUGUGCGUGGAAAGGAAGUUCCAAAGUCCAUCAUGGAAGCCUCUGCAUCUGCUUCUGAACCGGAUCGUCGCACUUCCAAGCGAUCCAGGAAAACAUCAUUUGGUAACUCGGUCAACUUAAGAGUUUCAGGAACCACAUCCAUCUACCAGUUGAAAAUGAUGAUUUGGGAAGCUUUUGGGGUUGUCAAGGAGAACCAAAAGCUUCACAAAGGUUCCACAGAGAUUGAUGGUGAUUCUGCCACCCUAGCUGACAAGAACAUUUUUCCAGGAGAUGUUCUCUGGGUCACAGACUCUGAGAUUUAUGAGAAUCGUGAUAUAGCCGAUGAACUUUCAGCACAGAAGUUUGACUCCAGACAAGCUGAGGAAGGCUUCCGGGGAACACUUUUGUCGUCAGAUGUCCCAAUUCAUAGCUUUGAGGAUACUUGAUGGCCUUUUGUCUCUUCAACCGAAUGGGUGCAUCUUGUGCUUUCACAUCUGAUGGUGGUCACCAGGAAUGGUGUCCUUGAGAAUUUCUAGGUUGAGAUGCGGAGUUGGGGGACUGAUGGACAAAGCUAGCUACUCAGUCGAUGAUGAUGAUGAUGAAUGUUGGUUGUUUAACCAAAUCAUUAGAAGCAAACCCCUGUGUUUUGUAAUCUGAGGAAUUUUGGAAAGAAAAAGAGAAAUGUGAGAACCUGUGUAUGUAGCAGCGCCGGGUUUUUGAUAAUUUUGCAUACACAGCACUAGUUUUAACUUAAUCUUUUUUACUUGUUUA